UGCGGCCACGAACCGAGUAUUGUGGCGUGAAAUUGUUGAUUGAGUGUUAUCUGUUUAGAUGUGAACUAAAUAGAUGAAAUGAAAGGACAACCAAUACUACAACUUGACUUGAAUAAAUGUUUGUUCAAAACAUUUGAAAAUAGAAACUUCAGUUGAUGAUUAGUAAUGCGGUUAAAACAUGAAACUUUCUAAGGAUUGGCUUCAAAAUAGUGAUCCAGUCACUAAAAAAGUGACUAACUAAUAGCUUCAAAUUUGUUUUAAUGAAACGAGCUCCGUGGCUAUUUCAUUGCGGGACAUAUGUCACAUGUUGAGAAACACUGCUUCUUCGAUGCUAACUCAGCAAAAGCCGUGAAAAGUUUAAGGUCAAUCUCCCCGGUAUGCACCGAGAAAUGCUUCAUCAGCGCAUUGUCGACUGCAUAGCUUCUUCAUUCACGUAAAAUCUCCGCGCCGCGGGAGACUGGUCAGUUCCGUUCCAACAACGCUUCAGGAUGGUUCACCGAAUUCGCGCCGUGAUCGUCAUCAUCAAGAUUGUUCUGAUUGUGGGCAUUUUAAGUCCUGUCGAGAGUACUCGAAUUCUAAGGGUGAGACCCCGAAAGGCAAAACAUGCCGAUCUAGAAACUAACAGCGUGGUUCAGUCCGACAACGUACCUUGUUCCUGUGCCAUCUUCCUAACGGGACAGUUCAACAAGCAGAACCGAUCGGAACCUCCGCGAGGGAAUCCCGGAAUCCAAAUGGAACUGCUGCAGCACUAUCCCUGCUCUGCAACGGGCAACAAGCAAUGCUCGAAUCGCUGUCUGGAGGCCAUCCUCAAGCAUCUGCCCAAUUCUCCGGCCCUGAUCUGCGGAACCAUCGACCGGGACUGCUUCCGGGAGAGGGCCUAUCUCUUCUAUCAGAACUGUGCGCCCCGAUGGGUCAACAGUAACCUUUCGGCUGGGCGGGAGUUCUGCUGCCAAAACGAUCGGCCGGUGCGAUGUGCGAAGAUGGCCGCCGUAAUCCGGCAGUCGAUGCUGGCUGCAAAUGGAACCACGAGUACCAGCAGUCGUCACGACGAUCCCAACGAGGACGAGGAAGACGCCGAAUCGUACGAAGAGUAACUGGAUUGUGAUAUCUCUAGGCUAAUAAACGUGUUACAACUAACGAGAGAGAGUUUUUUUUUUUUGGUCACUUCCGAAACCUGGAAUCCGGGUUCCUUCAGUUGGCUUUUCAGCCCACUUUUGUAUUCAGCGGGUUUAUUUUACAUGAGUUCCUUAAAGA